AUGGCCCGCACUAAGCAAACCGCUCGCAAGUCCACUGGUGGCAAGGCCCCACGUAAGCAACUUUCUACGAAGCAGGCCAAAAAGAGCACAUCGGCUGCAUCUGGUGGUGUCAAGAAGCCUCAUCGCUUCCGCCCUGGAACUGUCGCUCUUCGUGAAAUCCGAAAAUAUCAGAAGUCCACUGAGCUUCUCAUUCGUAAACUACCCUUCCAACGUCUUGUUCGUGAGAUUGCUCAGGACUUCAAGACCGAUCUCCGUUUUCAAUCAUCUGCCGUGAUGGCGCUGCAAGAGGCUGCCGAGGCUUACCUCGUCUCACUUUUCGAAGACACCAAUUUAGCCGCCAUCCAUGCGAAGCGUGUAACCAUACAACCGAAGGACCUCGCUCUCGCUCGCAGGCUGCGGGGUGAGCGUACCGCAUAG